CUCAAUGUUCUGUCACGCACGCGCAUUACUGCUGCUGACUGCGGGGACGCGCAUGCGUUUUGCGGCACCUCAGGUACGGAGCGGUUUCGGCAGCCGUUUACCGGGCCGUUUCUUUCCGUUACCGACGCCACAGAGAGGCAGAUAAACGCAGUUUGUGAGGAGCGGCGCGUGCUUGGAUGGAUUUAUUCUUGAGCCAGACUGAAGAAAGUCCUUCCAUUAACUAACCUGGAUAAAUAUUGGUUUACUUUGGCUGACAACCCAGAGGCAGUGGAAAAAUAACCCCUUGAGUUGACCUGAUCACAGGUUAAGGAGCAGUUAAAAGAAGUUGGAUGGAGCACAUAAUCUCCAAGAGAUGAUCUACAGACAUACUGUAGCCAUGUCAUGAGUUCAAGCUAUGGAAGAGUGACCCACGCGUGAUGCCGCAAGAAAAAGUGCCGAUCAGCCAUGCUUGCCUUGCUUAUCUCAAACAAGGACACUGGAUAUUUACUGCUGUCUGGGACUCUCUCUUUUAUCUUGGAUAGUUUCAAGGUACCUCAUAUCACAAGAAAGACUGUCUUGCUUACGGAUGAUAUUGCGAUUUCACAGAAAAAGAUUAAAUUCAAGCUCAAUCAAGAACUCGCAUGUUAAGAAGACGAACUCAAGCAUACACCACACAGAUGGCAGCUGAAUCUCCUCAGCGGCUGCAUUCACAUAUCUGGUUCGGAGGGGAGUGACGUUUGUAUAAUGCAACGCAACGCAGGCAUCGUGGGGAACGGUGGACAGCCAUGGGUACUGCGGCGAGUGCGGCUCACCUGGCUCAGUUUCAUGCUAUUCUUUAUUUUGGUCUUCUUCCCUCUCAUUGCACAUUACUACCUCACCACAAUUGAUGAAGCAGGGGGCCCAGAUAAACGCAUUUUUGGGCCGAGACCCGGAGGAGAGCUUUGUGAAGCGAAGCACGUGCAAGACCUGUGCCGUAUACGAGAAUCCGUCAGCGAGGAGCUUCUUCAGCUGGAGGCCAAGCGGCAGGAGCUCAACAGCGAGAUUGCCCGACUUAACCUACGCAUUGAGGCAUGUAAACGGAGUAUAGACAGUGCCAAACAGGACCUGCUGCAACUCAAAAAUGUCAUCAGCCAGACCGAGCACUCUUAUAAAGAACUCAUGGCACAAAACCAGCCAAAACUGUCGUUGCCAGUUAGACUUUUACCUGACAAGGACGAUCCUGGGUCCCCCCCACCAAAGUCACCCCAGAGUUGUCGCCUACAUUCUUGUUUCGAUUAUGCUAGAUGUCCUCUUACGUCGGGCUUUCCUGUCUACGUUUAUGACACGGGAUCUUAUCCUUGGGGUGAGAAGCUGGACCCGCUUGUUAAGCAGGCCUUUGCAUCAACUGUCAAGAGUAGCGUGUAUGUGACCGAUAAUCCAAGCAUUGCUUGUCUGUAUGUUGUUCUCGUUGGGGAGAUACAAGAAUCGCCCUCCUCUUCCACUCCCUCAUCUUCAGACCUUGAAAAGCAGCUCAAGGCAUUGCCAUAUUGGAGGUUGGAUGGCCAUAACCACCUGCUCGUCCACCUGUCGAGAAAGUCUCUGACACAGAACUUCUUGUACAACGUCAGCACAGGUCGAGCAGCUGUGGCACAGUCUACCUUUUUUGAACGACAGUACAGAGAGGGUUUCGACAUGGUGGUGUCUCCUCUAGUCCAUGCACUCUCUGAACCAAACUUCCUAGAGGUGCCUCCUCAAGUUCCAGUGAAGAGAAAGUAUCUCUUCACGUUUCAGGGAGAAAAGGUUGAGUCUUUGAGGAGCAGCUUGCUCGAAGCUCCACCGCAGUCCUUUGAGGAGGAAAUGGAAGGAGAUCCACCAGCUGACUACGAUGAUCGGAUUAUUGGCACGCUUAAAGCGGUACAGGACAGUCACCUAGACCAGGUUCUCGUGGAAUUCACAUGCAAGAAUCAGGCCAAGCCGAGUUUACCAACAGAGUGGGCGUUGUGUGGAGAGCGAGAGGAUCGUUUGGAGGUACUAAAGGUCUCUACUUUUGCUUUGGUGAUAUCUCCGGGCGAUGGGCAGUUGGUGGCAACUGCAGGCUGCAGCAUGAGAUUGUUUGAGGCCUUGGAGGUUGGGGCGAUACCAGUGGUGCUUGGAGACCAUUCAAAGUUGCCCUACCAUCACCUCAUUCGUUGGAGCGAGGCGGUUAUUAUGGUACCCAAGCCACGCAUUACAGAGCUACAUUUUCUGUUACGUAGUAUCUCGGACAACGACCUUCUUGCUAUGCGACGACAGGGUCGAUUUCUUUGGGAGACUUACUUCUCCACUUCAGAGAAUAUCUUCGGCACUAUCCUGGCUAGCAUACGAACCAGCAUUCAGAUACCAGCCGCACCCAUUCGCGAGGAGCCCGCCCAAGAGAUUCCUCACAAAGCCGGAAAGUUGGCAGGAACCGAUGCUAACAUGGCUGAUAAUGGUGAUCUCGAUCUAGGACCCGUCGAAGUAGAGCCCCCGUAUGCUUCACCCCGCUUUUUGCGCAAUUUCACUUACACCGCUGCUGAUAUUUACCGCACCUGGAAUCGUGCACCUGGCCCUUUCCAUCUUUUCCCACAUACUCCCCUGGACCCCGUACUUCCCUCAGAGGCCAAGUUUCUGGGGUCAGGGACUGGUUUCCGCCCUAUCGGUGGAGGUUCUGGGGGAUCCGGAAAAGAGUUUCAGGCUGCUCUAGGAGGUAAUGUCCCACGGGAACAGUUUACUGUGGUUAUGCUUACCUAUGAACGUGAGGAGGUUCUUAUGAACUCCCUGGAAAGACUAAACGGCCUUCCUUACCUAAACAAAGUGGUGGUAGUCUGGAAUUCCCCUAAACCACCUUCUGAUGACCUACUCUGGCCAGAUAUUGGGCUUCCUAUUGUGGUGGUGCACACAGAGAAGAACAGCUUAAAUAAUCGUUUCCUUCCCUGGGACGCAGUUGAGACUGAGGCUAUUUUAUCUAUUGAUGAUGAUGCCCAUCUUCGACAUGAUGAAAUUAUGUUUGGAUUCAGGGUGUGGCGGGAGGCCAGAGAUCGGAUCGUGGGAUUCCCAGGAAGAUUUCAUGCCUGGGAUCUAAACCAUCAGUCGUGGCUCUAUAACUCCAACUACUCGUGCGAGCUCUCCAUGGUCCUGACGGGCGCCGCCUUCUUUCAUAAGUAUUAUGCGUACCUCUAUUCAUACGUCAUGCCUCAGGCUAUUCGUGACAUGGUGGAUGAGUACAUCAACUGUGAAGACAUCGCCAUGAACUUCCUCGUAUCUCAUAUAACACGCAAACCACCCAUCAAGGUGACAUCACGUUGGACCUUCCGGUGUCCCGGCUGUCCGCAGGCUCUGUCGCACGACGAUUCUCACUUUCACGAGCGUCACAAGUGUAUCAACUUCUUUGUGAAAGUCUACGGAUACAUGCCGCUCUUAUAUACUCAGUUCAGAGUGGACUCGGUGCUCUUCAAGACGCGACUGCCCCACGACAAGACAAAGUGUUUUAAAUUCAUAUAGCACAGGACGAAACAAGCACAGAACUCCAGACGCGUCUCUCUGGGAAUGUGAAGGGAAAAGCAGCUCUUUUGUGUAAAUAUUGGAGGAUUUUAUUUUGAAUUCGUCUUCCCUGAAGCAAAGAGGGAAGAAAUCUAGGAAAAGAAACGUCAGACGUUAACAUUCACUCGUGUGUGUGUGUGUGUGUGUGAUUCAUCAGCAACCACUACAGGAUUUAUUUGCACCGGUCGACGUCUACAACAACCACGUCAAAUAAACAUUUCAAUCAUGUUACGCUGACAGAACAAACACUGACUCUUUCUGAUGAUGACAUAUCUGAGAAGUAUGGUGACAUAUGAACGUUACUUUAAAGGAUUCAUGGAAACGCACUGAUGCUUUUUUACUCCUGUAUGUGUGUGUAUGUUGUGUAGAUGUAUGUGUGUGUGUGUUGCUGAUCAUCACUAAACCCCAGUGAAGUCAUUGUUGAUGGUCAGUAUGAAUAGCACAAGACUACAUGAGUUCAUUAUUGUGAACGGCAGGAUUUAUACAGAUAGGAAUAGCACCAGAUCAAACUGUUGAAUGUUUUCAUCUCCAUCACAAUCAUAUGAGGAAAUCUUCUGUAUGUCAAUAGGAACCAGUCAUAAUGUAUUGUGCAGGAUAAUGUCUGUCUGUAAUGACUGACAAAUAAAUGCCAGGAUCAUAUUUCACCCUGAAAUCCAACAAAACACAAAAUAGGAUUUCUUAAAGUAAAUUAAAUCAACAUGAAGUUUUGUGUUGUUGCAUUGUGAGAUUAUUUUCAUUAUUAUUUUGCAAAUCUUAUUCUGGUUGCUUUUGAAUGCAUUUUACUUUAUUAAAAUCAACAUUAAUUUUAAAUACACUUGCAUCUGUGCUUCACAUGAUCAUUUAUUUCUGAAUUACUUUAAGGAAACUUCAGUUUGUCAUGAAAAUAAUGUCAACAUGAAAACAUUGAGUUUCUUUAAGUAGUAUAAAUGACUUGUGUUGAUUUUGGGGUGAAAUAUGACAGAGACGUGGUCCUGAAGUUUUUACACUGCAAAAAUUCAAAGUUGGAUCAACUUAAAAAAUUAUUUCAAUUGGAAAUAACUAAAAUAUUUAAACAUUUUCAACUUACAUUUUUCACUUAAAGUGAGAAAAUUUAGGUUGAUAAAAGGUUCAGUUUUUAAGUUGAUCAAACUUUGCCUUUAUUUCAGUGUAUGUGAGAUGUUGAUUUUAGAUGAAAGCACAGUUUUGGGAUUGAUUCAGGAGGUUUGUUUAUCUCCUCUAAACGGUACACAUCUCUUUUCUGCUCCUGAUUUUUACCUCUGAGUUAUUAAAAACUGAAAUGUCUGUGCUGACUCUUCCCAUUGGUUAAUUCAUGAUGGUUGUUCUGACAGGUACGGAGAAAAAUGACUACACAAUUGUACACAGUUUUUUCUUUUUCUUUUUUUUGAACACUAAAAUGAGACUCGGUUCUGCUCAGUGAUGAAAGAUUGCUUUUAUGUUACCAGCCCAUUGUUUUGUAAUGUAUGUAUAAAUCUUUUUAACUGUCUGAA